GCGGCGGCCAUGCCAGACCCCGCGGCGCACCUGCCCUUCUUCUACGGCAGCAUCUCGCGUGCGGAGGCCGAGGAGCAUCUGAAGCUGGCAGGCAUGGCCGACGGGCUGUUCCUACUGCGCCAGUGCCUGCGCUCGCUGGGCGGCUAUGUGCUGUCGCUGGUGCACGACGUGCGCUUCCACCACUUCCCCAUCGAACGCCAGCUCAAUGGCACUUACGCCAUCGCGGGCGGGAAGGCGCACUGCGGCCCCGCCGAGCUCUGCCAGUUCUACUCGCAAGACCCUGACGGGCUGCCCUGCAAUCUGCGCAAGCCAUGCAACCGGCCGCCGGGUCUCGAGCCGCAGCCCGGGGUCUUCGACUGCCUGCGCGACGCCAUGGUGCGCGACUAUGUGCGCCAGACGUGGAAGCUGGAGGGAGAUGCCCUGGAGCAGGCUAUCAUCAGCCAGGCUCCACAGGUGGAGAAACUCAUCGCCACCACGGCCCACGAGCGGAUGCCCUGGUACCACAGCAGCCUGACACGCGAGGAGGCGGAGCGCAAACUCUACUCAGGCGCACAGACUGACGGCAAGUUCCUGCUGAGGCCCAGAAAGGAGCAGGGCACCUAUGCACUGUCCCUGAUCUAUGGGAAGACCGUGUACCACUACCUCAUCAGCCAGGACAAGGCGGGCAAGUUCUGCAUUCCUGAGGGCACUAAGUUUGACACACUCUGGCAGCUGGUGGAGUACCUAAAGCUGAAGGCAGAUGGGCUCAUCUACUGCCUGAAGGAUGCGUGUCCCAACAGCAGUGCCAGUCCUGCAGCGGCUGCUGCACCCACUCUUCCAGCCCACCCAUCUACAUUCACCCAGCCUCAGAGACGAGUCGACACCCUGAACUCAGAUGGAUAUACCCCGGAACCAGCGCGCCUAGCAUCCCCAGACAAGCCACGGCCGAUGCCCAUGGACACCAGUGUGUAUGAGAGCCCCUACAGCGACCCUGAGGAGCUCAAGGACAAGAAGCUCUUCUUGAAGCGUGAGAACCUCAUUGUGGCUGAUAUUGAACUUGGCUGCGGCAACUUCGGUUCAGUGCGUCAGGGAGUUUACCGAAUGCGCAAGAAGCAGAUUGAUGUGGCCAUCAAGGUGCUGAAGCAGAGCACGGAGAAAGCUGAUAAGGAUGAGAUGAUGCGCGAGGCCCAGAUCAUGCACCAGCUGGACAACCCCUACAUCGUGCGGCUCAUCGGCGUGUGCCAGGCUGAGGCACUCAUGUUGGUCAUGGAGAUGGCAGGUGGUGGUCCCCUGCACAAGUUCUUGAUUGGAAAGAAGGAGGAAAUCCCUGUCAGCAACGUGGCAGAGCUGCUGCACCAGGUGUCUAUGGGGAUGAAGUACUUAGAGGAGAAGAACUUUGUCCACCGAGACCUGGCAGCCCGAAAUGUCCUGCUGGUCAACCGGCACUAUGCCAAGAUCAGCGACUUUGGUCUGUCCAAGGCUCUGGGUGCGGAUGACAGCUACUACACGGCCCGCUCUGCAGGGAAGUGGCCUCUGAAGUGGUAUGCGCCUGAAUGCAUCAACUUCCGCAAGUUCUCCAGCCGCAGUGAUGUCUGGAGCUUUGGGGUCACCAUGUGGGAGGCCUUCUCCUAUGGCCAGAAGCCCUACAAGAAGAUGAAGGGCCCUGAGGUCCUGGACUUCAUCAAGCAGGGCAAGCGGAUGGAAUGCCCGCCAGAGUGUCCGCCUGAGAUGUAUGCACUCAUGAGCGACUGCUGGAUCUACAAGUGGGAAGACCGUCCCGACUUCCUGUCGGUGGAACAGCGCAUGCGGACCUAUUACUACAGCCUGGCAAGCAGGGCUGAGGGGCCCUCACAGUGCGGACAGGAGGUUGAGGCUGCAUGUGGCUGAGUCCCAGCCCCACUGAGCUUGUGGACUCCAUACAAACAUUUCUUCCUCUGCCCUCAGUCCUGCUUUAGGAUGGGCUGUGGUCAGGGGUACCUGAAGCCUCAGGCCCACAACUGUCUCAAAUGCUCUACGUGGUUCUCCUGUCCUCAUUGACUGGGGAUGGUGAAGGUAGAGCUUUUGCAUUUUGGUCCCUCUUAGCAUCCACUGGGACUCUGGGUUGAGGGGGUGUGCGCUCCCAGGGUCUUGGCUUCCUCCUGAUUCUGACUGGGAGCCUAGGAGCCCUCCUGUGGCCAA